UUGUCCCAGCCUGAUGAGGGUCAGGGUGGUUGGGACAGUGUCCUCGCUAUCCAUGGGCCUAGUGGCAGCGAUAGUUUACUAUCCCGCUAUGAACAAGGAAACAACCAUUUGCGCCUCCUACCUCCCUUGCAGCUGUCUCAAGGCGACAAGGUAAUCUUCAUCCACAGGUCGCCUGCUGUCAUCUGCUCCAUACAUUCGCCGAGGAGUGAGAUCAUGAAUAAUGGGGGGCUGGAGCUCUUCCAUUCAGCCUCCGCAAGACUUAUCUUAUCAGAUAGUAACAGCUAUCUGAUAAGACAGUUGCUUUUCUCUGCACAUGUCAUCGACAAGCUUGUAAUUUGCAUGACUUAA